AAAACUUGUGCUACCAUACACACAAACAGAAAAAAGGCACCCAACUUGGUAAAUCUAAGGUCACUUGAAAAUGGGGCGUCCACUCCUAAAGACUCACAAACUUGGGCCACGUGGCUCAUAGUACCAUUCAGACAUGACAAUUCACAAACUAAAACAUUGCCUGCCACUCUAUACCAUCUCUUUGUUUCCCAAGAAAAUGUCAUCCUUUGAGGGAUUGGGUGAAGGAAGAAAAAGGCAUCCUGAAUCAGACAACAAUUCUUGUGACCAGAAAAGCAAGAGGAUGAUCAAGAACCGUGAGUCUGCUGCUCGAUCCCGGGCUAGAAAGCAGGCUUACACGAAUGAAUUGGAGAUGGAAGUAGCCAAUCUGAUGGAAGAAAAUGCCAGGCUCAAGAGGCAGCAACAACAGUUAUGCUUAGCUUCAGCUGGUGAUCAACUUCCAAAAAAGAAGUCUCUUUAUCGAACGUCAACAGCCCCAUUUUGAGGAAUGGAAACGCUAAUAUUUUGUUAAACCUUUCUACUACAAAUUAAAUCCUAAUUGACCCUUGUUUGAUGCUGGCCUUGUGAUGUUUGUUUCUAAAUACAUGUUUAGUUAUUUGAUCAAAGUUUAUUGCCUGGUUCUUGUAUCCAGUUUAAAUGUCAAUUUAAGUGUGUUUGUGUAGAAAAUUUUAACUAAUGUAGUAGCUAGCAAUUGGACAGUGAACAGUAAGAAUCUUGGAAGCAUAUAAGAUCAUUAUGUUGUCACAUCA